AACCUAGACCAGUGAGUCGGGAGUUUUUUUUUUCUCAAGUCUUGGGACCGUCGAUUUUUACACAUACACACCUGCCUGCCUACCUACAGUACCUUACUUGACUGACAAGAGGAUUUGGCUGGAAAUAGAUGGAUAGAACAGAAUAGGCAGACUGUCAGACAAACCCCAGGGUUUCACUUAGUUGGUAUCUUCUGAUGGAAUCAAUCACCAGGGAUGUAUGUAUGUAUGUAUGUAGAUACAAUAUGUACGCAUAUAUGUACGUACUUACAUACAUACAUACAUACCUAGGCGGAACCAGCCCUGUUAGUCGUGGGACUAUCGUCCGAAUGCUUCUUCACGGAGGGAUUCGGAAGAUAUCCAUUUAUUUUAUCUUUCGCAACUUUCGCCUCCUCUCUCUCUCUCCUCCUCUAACUAGACUUGGACCAAGGCACCGGCCGGGGCAUCUCUUACUCAGGCACACCCCGCCCACCUUUCUUUUUUGUUUUUUCCAUUUCUCUUCUUUUUUUUUUUCAUUUGGUUCCCCGCUGAGAGAUUCGCAACAAGCAAGUUGGCCUGGUUUUUUUCUUUCUUGCAGAGAGGAUUGGCAAUUCUACACAUGUACAGUCACAUACGUACCUCCUGCACAUGUGGUUAACCCAAAAACUCACCACUUGACGUUCUAUAACUAAUCCUCAAUCCUCUUUUUCCCCCUCUCCCACCUCCGUGUCUCUUGGUUGGAAAGAUGGAUGGAGGUGGGUAGUUAUAUUUAUCGAGAUUGUACGGACGGAGGUAGCUCAAAUCGUCAAGAUGCAA